UUGACCUUUGACCUCUCAGGUGUGUCUCCAACAGUUUUUCAGGUGAGUUCCUGCUGAAGGUAAACAAAUGGACUCAGCGGCGGUUUGCGGUAAAAACAUGAACAAUGUGGCCGAAUCGAGCGGAUUAAAGCGACUAAAAUGCCCGGACAGAAGAGAAGAUAUAACGUACGGUUCCCUCCGAAUCGCAUCAAAAAGAUCAUGCAGAAGGAUGCAGAUGUGGGGAGGAUUGCGAUGGCGGUUCCUGUGAUCAUCUCCCGAGCGCUGGAAAUGUUCCUGAAGUCUCUGCUGACCAAAAUCUGUCUGAUAACUCAGUCCAAGUUCAGCGCCGUCGUGUCCCUCGCUCACAUGAAGCAGUGCAUCGAGUCGGAGAAGCUCUUCCACUUCCUCAAAGACCUGGCGGAGCAGGCGACGUCUACGCCCGGCCAGAAGGACAACAGAGGGAUGAGCAUGUGGCCGCUGUACAGGACCAAACGGCAUGAAAUUUCUGUUAAAAAAACGUCUGAAGUUGUAGAAAAGGCGCCACGACGGAGCCUCGACUCGCUGGACAACGACUCCAGCGUACGUAUUCUACGCCUCACAUUCAUCCUCUGACAUGCAAACUAAACCAAAAGGAGUCGGAGCUCUACAUCUGCUUAUGAGUGAACAACCAGAGGAAAGAGCUGUGAACUUACAGCAGCAGAACAUCAUUUCAUCAUGUCUUCUUUAAACGUUUAUCUUUAUUUAAACUUUAUUUUAUGUUAUUAACUAUGAAAAAAAAGUUUUUGUUUUGGGGAAAAAACACAUUUAAGUUAUGUAACAUUUUAGACCUUUGGCUGCUUAUGUACAGUUUGGGUUUUUGUUUUACUUUGAAAAAAGAAAGAAAAAGAUUUAUGGCGUUGUGUUGUGAAGCCUG